AUGUGUUUACAGGCCGUCGCAAAAUUUCUCAACGAUCUGAGGCUAAACAGUACUUUAGGAGAAGAAAUGUGGAGAUUCCGAGAUAACAUAUUGAUUCAAUUAAGCUUCAUUUGCCUCUUCGUACUUAACGCAUAUACCGUAUGUAGUCUAUCGAUAGCAACGGUACGAAAUGGCACAUUGAUCGGUAUAACAAUGCGUACUAGACUGGGAAGAGACAUUCAUGCGUUUCUGGGAAUUCCCUAUGCUGCACCACCGAUCGGAGAACUCAGAUUCGCGAUUUAUAUUUAUCUUCGUGACACAGGUCUUUUUCACCGCGGUAUCUCGCAAAGCGGUAAUUUUUACAACCCAUGGACUUUAACGCCACCGGGAUCUGCCAAAAAGAAGGCCAUGAUCUUAGGUAGAAAUUUAAGGUGCAACACCGACACUUCCGCGGAACUCAUCAAAUGUUUGCGAACAAAAGACGCAGCGGAGAUUAUCGGUACCGAUCGACUUUUCCAGCACUUUGGUUAUUGUCCAAUGAUACCUUUCAAACCAGUGAUCGAACCUAAACACGUAGGUGCUUUUCUGACGGAGGAUCCAUUAAUUUCCGUGCGGCAAGGCCGUUUAGCUGAUAUACCCUGGAUGAUGGGGAUAACAUCGGAAGAAGGAAGCCUUAAAGUAGCAGGUAUUUACGGACGAGAUCUGGGUGAGCAUGUAAAGAAGUUGAAUAGUGAUUUCCAUAAUGUUGCACUUCUGAGCUUAUUGUACGAAGAGCGAUACGGCAUUCGAGAUACGCAAUUUCGAGAUGAGAUGAGCGCUAAAAUUCGCGCAUUUUAUUUUGGCAAUAAAGACAUCGAUCAAUCUGACGAAGCUAGGUUCAAAGUCAUCGAUAUGUACAGCGAUGCGUGGUUUAAUCACGGCACUCAUGAAGCCAUCCAAGAUUUUAUUGCAAAUCAAACUUCUCCGAUCUAUUAUUAUUAUUUCGCGUAUAGAGGAAGCGCAUCUUUCAGCUCGAUAUUCGGCGAUAGCGAGAAGAAUUACGGAGUGUCACACGCGGACGAGCUGCAGUAUUUGUUCCCUGUGGGUGAACAAUUGUUCAAAGAUACGGAGUUGUCUAAAGAGGAUCACAAGAUAAUCAAUAUCAUGACCGAACUCUGGUACAAUUUCGCAAAUUCCGGAAAUCCAACGCCAAAGAUCACAAAAUUAAUCCCCCUGAAAUGGAAGCCGGUGAAAACGAAUUCACUGGAAUAUCUAUACAUAGGAAAUUCGACCAAGAUAGUUAUGGAAAAUAAUCUUCUUUGGGAGAGAAUGACGUUUUGGAACAAGCUAACACAUCAAAUGAAGGUCCAUGGUGCGGAUUUCAGAAAUUUUAAGGACGAAUUGUAAUUCUUAGUUUUGGGCCCACUGUCUACAGAGACGUCGCUGCAUAGACAUGUAUUAGAUAUUUUACACUUACUGUACGCUUCUAAGCAGUGACCAACGUAAACAAUGGGCAUCUAUUGACGAAACGGCAAUAUCGCGUUUUUGUCGCUGCAUGCUUUCAUCCCGAAGCCCGAUGUACGGCAUUGUCGGUCAACGGGAGUACAACGCGCGAUGCAUGUGUUUUCUCGGUUGUUUUUUAUGAUUAUAUCUUUGUGUAUUUAGCGUUAUGUCAGCUACGAUAUUUAUUCAAACUAUUGAACAAUGUCCUUGUUUUUGAUUUAAUGGUCCUACCAUUUCACUAAAUUUUGAUAGCUAUUUUUACUCAUUCUGUAACAUAUAUGAAAUACAUACUCAUUUUCUACUAAUUCCCUCACAGCGACAAAUAAUCUACAAUUAAUAUUUUUUUCGAUGUAUGGAUUUAGCCUGUAUCUUUUUCUAUUUCUACGCUGUUGAAUAUAAUUAUAUAAAAUAAUCACGUCCUUAUCAUCG